AUGGGUAGCACAGCCUGGUGGAUGAAACCUGUAGUGGAAGAUGAAGAAGUGAUUAGAAAAGGGCCCUGGACAUUAGAGGAAGAUACUAAGUUGAUUGCUUCUGUAAGACAGUAUGGUGCAGCUCCUUGGAGUCGACUUGCCAAAGUGAUUUGUGAUACUAGUGACUGGGACAAUGGUUACCAAGAGUUGGUAGAGAAAUCAUGUGACAUGGAUACACUGAGCAACAUAACAGCUAAUGAAUAUACAGCAGAUGAUACUAGUGGAGGGGAGUUGGGAAGUGAGGAGUCCAAAUCGGACUAUAAGGCAGGUUCUGCUCCCCCUCAUAAAAAAGCUAAAUUUGAGCUUUCCAUGAAGGCCAAAUCUUCUUUGGGUAAGGGCAAAAAUGUGCAGAAGCAGCUGGUUGUUUCUUCUUCAUCCACCUCAGUUGGCAAAGAUUCCCUUGUGUCUAGUAGUAAUAAGGCUAAUUUUGAGGGCUCAACGAGUGGUAAUGGGGGUAGCAUGAAGCCUGAUAGCCAAAACUUUGAGAAGCCUCCUUCAUCGCCCCAUUCAGCGCCUUUGCAAAAUACCAUCAAGGAUCUUCAUGCAAAGAGUACAGAGCUAUAUGAUAAGAGGGAUGACUAUGAUGAUGUUCUGGGUAUGGCCAGGGACCAUGCCAUUGAUACUUAA